AUGAUGCUCAACUCUGACACCAUGGAGCUGGACCUACCUCCCACCCACUCGGAGACCGAGUCGGGCUUUAGCGACUGUGGGGGCGGGCCGGGCCCGGAUGGUGCCGGGUCGGGGGAUCCCGGAGUGGGCCAGGUCCGGAGCGCAGAGCUCGGAGAGGCUGGCCGCAAAGACCUGCAGCACCUGAGCCGGGAGGAGCGCCGACGCCGGCGCCGAGCCACGGCCAAGUACCGCACAGCACAUGCCACGCGAGAACGCAUCCGCGUGGAAGCCUUCAACCUGGCCUUCGCCGAGCUGCGCAAACUGCUGCCCACUCUGCCCCCAGACAAGAAGCUUUCCAAGAUUGAGAUCCUGCGUCUGGCCAUCUGCUACAUCUCCUACCUGAAUCACGUGCUGGAUGUCUGA